AUGACGGCAACAAACAACAACAGCAACUAUAUCGUUUCUGAUGAAAAAGUUAUUGAUUCAUUAGUUGAGGAAUUAGUUAUGACAGAAACUAAAACCCUCAAUGAAAGAAUUGGUGAAAACAUGAUUGAUUUACAUAACUACCUCAAACAUGAUGGAGGAAGAGGAAGGAAAACUGGUAUGGCUUUAUUAGUAAAUAAAAUAUCAAAUUUAACGAUUAUAGAUGUUGAUAUCAAUAAAUCGUACAAUGAUGAACUUAAAGAAACAGUUAGAAAAGAUAUUUUAUCAAAACUUUCGGAUAAAGAUGUUAUCGUUAAAACCGCUUCAGGAGGUCUUCACAUUUAUUGCAACACUAAUUUCUUCUAUGCAGUUUCGAACAGAAUGAUUAAAUGUUAUUCCUGCAAUGAUUAUGAUAUCGACAUAAUGACUUCAAUGGAUGAUUCAAAGCGUUCAUUAGUAGUCAUGGCUGAUUCAAGAGUUCGCAAGAAUGCAUCAGAACCAAUCAAUACAUACUCAUUCAUUCGUGGAAGUUACGAUUCAACAUUAACCAGAACAGUGAAUGAUAUAUUAAAUGAUUUGAAUAUUAAGGUAAGAGUUGAACAGAAGAACGAAGAAAUAAAGAAUAUCAUGAAUGAAAACAAAGAUGUAAACAUUGACGAUAAACUUGCCCAGAGCAUAGUUGAUGGCAUCUGUGAUUUUGAAGUACAUAAUGACGGUGGAAACAUGAAUUUAGAAAAAGAAGUUACAUUAUUCACACU